GCAUUCGCCGUAUUUCAUUAUUUCCCGGCCAGACAUGUGGCCGUGUUCUAUGCUUAGAAAAUUUAUGUCUUUCCAUUCAUGUCUGACGUAUUGAUAGCCACUUCGAAUACAUAAUGGUACGGCACAAUAAUCAGUUGCCAAAUAAUUUACCACAGCUCCAAAAUCUUAUAAAAAGGGAUCCAGCAUCAUAUAAGGAUGAAUUCUUACAACAACAACGCCAUUACAAGUCACUAUUGGCAGUUUUCACGUUGCGCCCGACAGAUUUCAAUAAAAGUCUUGAUGAACUGGUAAUGUUUAUGGCCCAGGUAGCGCAUUGCUAUCCUGGUGAAUUAGCCACUUUUGCGCAAGAACUCACAAAUAUGUUACAGACACAUGGGCCUGUUCUAGAUAAAGAUAUGCGAAUGACAUUUUGCCGAGCUUUAAUAUUGUUACGUAAUAAGCGAUUAUUAACACCUACAGAUUUGCUUUCACUAUUUUUUGGCUUACUCAGAUCACAAGAUAAGGAAUUGAGAAAAUUUUUAGAAUCACAUAUAGUUUCUGAUAUUAAGAACUUAAAUUCAAAACAUAAAGAUGCCAAGUUGAAUCGAAAUCUUCAAAAUUUCAUGUAUACUAUGCUUAAAGAUAAUAAUGCUAAGGCAGCUAAAAUGUCUUUGGGAAUAAUGGUUGAUUUGUACAAGAAAAAUAUUUGGAGAGAUACAAAGACAGUGAAUGUAAUAUCAACAGGUUGUUUUUCAAAAAUUACCAAAGUUAUGGUUGCUGCAUUAAAAUUUUUUGUAACUGUGGAUAAUAAUGAUUCUUCAGAUGAUAGUGAUUCAUCAAGUUCUGAUGAUGAUACACCAAAUACUAGAGAAGUGAUUAUGGCAAAUAAAGUGAGCAAAACAACAAGAAAAAGAACAAAAAAUUUAAAAAAAGUCAAAAGAUUAGUUGAGAAAAAUAAGAAGAAGAAGAAACAAAAACAAUCAUCUAAUUUUGCGGCUUUGACAUUAAUACAUGAUCCUCAAGGGUUUGCAGAGAAGUUAUUUCAUCAAUUAGAAAAAAGACAUGAACGAUUUGAAGUGAAAAUGUUGACAUUAGAUGUAGUGUCACGUUUAAUUGGUUUACACCAAUUAAUUAUUUUCAAUUUUUACCCUUAUAUCCAAAGGUUCUUACAACCUCACCAAAAAGAGGUAGUACGAAUGAUGCAAUUUGUUGCUCAGGCAUCACACGAAAUUGUUCCACCUGAUGUUUUAGAACCUGUGUUACGUGCUUUAGUGAAUAAUUUUGUUACAGAAAGAAAUUCAUCUGAUGUUAUGGCAAUUGGGUUAAAUGCUAUUCGUGAGAUGUGCACAAGAGCCCCAUUAGUUAUGACUGAAGAUUUAUUAAGAGAUCUUGCUCAAUACAAAAAUUAUCGUGAGCGUAGUGUCAUGAUGGCAGCUAAGUCAUUAAUACAUGUUUAUAGAUCUUCUAUGCCACAAUUAUUGCAUAAAAAAGAUAGGGGAAGACCUACCGAAGCAUCGUUGGAAAUUGUGGCAAGAAAAUAUGGUGAAGUGGAUGCAAAAGAGUUUGUAUCUGGUGCUGAAAUACUUCUCGAUGCAGAAAAUAAUGAUUCCGCUGAUGAUUCUGAUGAGUCAUGUGAUGAUGAAUGGGUGAAUGUUAGUCAUUCGGAAAAUGAAAUCAGCGAUGAUGAGAAUAUAGAUGAUGAAGAUGAAGAUAUUAAUGAUAGUGAUGAUGAUAACGAGGACAUAGAAAAUACUUCUGAUACUGAGGGUAUAAAUGACACAGAUCAAAGUAUUUCCACGCAGAACUCAACAACAAAUGUAAUAACAAAAAAAAAAAAAGUAAUAUCUAAAAAAGAACAAUUGGCUGAAAAGAAUGAAAAAGCAGCACAAGUUAGUUCUAUGAGAAUUUUAUCAGAUGAAGAUUUUAAACGUAUAGAAAUUGCUCAAUUAAGCAAACAGAUGACAUCUGCUAAAAAUCGCAAAAGGCCUGCUGAACCCGAAGAAUCAUCUAGAGGAGAAUUAGUUAGGCUGAAAGAUAUUGAAAAUAUUUAUAAAAAAAGAAAACACGAUAAACAAACAAGAAUAGACUCUAUAAAGAAAGGGCAAGAGGGAAGAGAAAAGUUUGGAUACAAGGAUGGACGUUUAAAUCCAUUUUCUAGUAAGACAAACAGAGAAAAAAAGAAAACCAAGAAUUUCAUGAUGAUUAAACACAAGGCAAAAGGAAAAGCGAAGAAGUCUUUUAAGGAUAAACAGAUUGCAUUACGAAAUCAUUUGACCAAGUUGAAAAAGAUGAAAUAAUAGAAUAGAUCAUUUCUGAAAUUCAUAUAUUUAAAAGUGUGAAUAAAGUACAAGAUAACCAAUUCAAAUAUAGAUGUUGAUUUAUUCGAAAUUUAUUGUCUAUAUGUAAUAUGUAUAUCCUAUUCAAGUUAAGGAACAUAGUUGGUGGCCGACUUGUGUGCAGGGGUGUGGCAAUACUACACGGCAAGUGUAUUGUGUAUAGUUGUAAUAGUUGACUAGGUGGGAUGACAAACGGGUGUCGCCUAACUAUUGCCAACAAAAACUGGUCACCGUUGAUUGUGUUUCUUAACUUGAAUCGAGUAUAGUUGUUACUUGUUAUUUGUUUCAUUGAAAAAGGUUAAACAUAGUUUUAUAAGCCCAGUUAUUUAAUAACUAUAUUAAUAUUGACUAAAAAGUUAUGGGUCAAUCAUCAAACCAUUAUAAACAUUUUAUAUGUUUACUUCUUAUAAUUUGCAAAAAUAAAAUAAAAUGUUUACAUUUAAUUAAAAGUAAUUAAUUAUUAAUUAAGCAAAAAUAAAAGUCAGCUGAAAAAAAAAUUACCUGAGAGCUAACUAGCCACUAGGUAUAGAGAUUAAACAAUAAACUGAACACAUUUUCCUGGCAACUUUUCCAAUUUUUCUUUUCAUAAAAAUGUCAUUUGGACUUUAAGGAAUAUUUUAGAAAAAAAUUAGCUAAAUCGGUCCAGUCGUUCUGAAGUAAUGCGGGGAAACCAACGGACAGCAUUUCAUUUUUAUUAUAUAGAUUUAUAUAAUAACUAUAAUAGGUACCUAGUGGCUAGUAUAAUAAAUAAAUUAAAAGGACGGAGAUUUGUUGCUUCCGUCUUACAGCAAAUUUAACGCUCAGCAGGUCACGUUUAGCCCCGUUCAUUUAAAAGUUAGAGUGAAUCGACUUACUAUGAAACUUGAUGGUAAGAAUAUUAUAUUUUAAUUUUAAAGUAAGUUUUGAGUAUUAUAUAAUUGUAAAUGGUUAGGUUAGGUCUACAUCUUAAAAUACUAAUAACUCACUUUUAAAUUAAAAUAUAACAAAAUGCCCUAGGUAAUAAUCUGACCUUUAAAUUUUAUAAGAGGUCAAUUCACUCUAAUUUUUAAAUUAACAGACCUAUACUUGAUCUGCUGAGAGUAAAAUUUGCUAUUUUACGCACCUGUAAGACGGAAAUAACAAAUGAGUUUGUAGCAUCAUCUUAAUACUAAAUAUUAACAAGUUUAAUAGUAGCCUAUAGUAACUAAUAGUUAAUACUAUAUAUUUUUACUAGGAUUCGCCUCCAAAUAGAUUAGGUACUUUUUUUUUGUAUUUGUUAAGAAAAAUCGACUGAUUGUUAAGAAUAUUAUUAUUAUGUAUCACUAACACGCAAAGAAAAUUUUAAUCUAUAAACGGUUCGCUUACUAAAUCUCAGUAAUAAACUAAAAUAUUAUAUUGAUAUGAUUAAUUAGAAAUGAAACUGUUUCAAGUCACGCCGAACUACUGAAGUUUCAAAUUACCCAGAUUGAUGGUAUCUACUUUAUUGUUUGUUAAACUUUUUAAAGAUCUUCAUUUUGUAAUCUAAUAUUGAUAUUAUUGAAUUUUAAAUUGUAAAUGUUAAUGAAUUAAUAGCGUUUAUCCACUUGUAUUGUA